AUGGUGGAAUUUGAAGAAAUUAUGGAGCCUUUGAGCCCGAUAAACAGCGAAGAGAUUAUUGAGGAUGAAGAAAUCAACUACGAUGAUCUGAAACGUCGUAUGUGGGAGGAUCGCAUGCGAAUGCAAAUACUCAAGAGGGACAUGAUCAUCAACUCUACUAGCGAAGAAUUAUCACUUGAUCAGGAGUCAGAGGAGGAGUCAGAGGCUAAGCAAGAACAAUCUCGCCGUAAGAAGAUGUCUAGAGCUCAAGACUCCAUCCUCAAGUACAUGGUCAAAAUUAUGGAGAUUUGUAAAGGUCAAGGCUUCGUCUAUGGGAUAGUACCCGAAAAGGGGAAGCCCGUGACGGGGUCAUCGGAUAGUUUAAGAGAGUGGUGGAAGGACAAAGUGAGGUUUGAGAAGAAUGCCCCAAAUGCUAUCUUGCCUAAACUAGUUCAAGAAAAUCAUGUUAAUUCAUGCAUGGAUCUUCUAAAUGACUUGCAAGAUACUACUUUGGGUUCACUCCUUUCAUCUCUUAUGCAACAUUGUAUUCCUCCACAAAGGAGGUUCCCUUUGGAUAAAGGCUUAGCUCCACCAUGGUGGCCUACAGGGAAGGAACUAUGGUGGGGUGAUCAAGGGUUUUCACAACAACAAGGACCACCACCAUAUAAGAAGCCUCAUGACUUGAAAAAAGCAUGGAAGGUUAGUGUUUUGGCUGGAAUUAUCAAACAUAUGUCGGUUAAUUUCGACAAAAUGAGGAUGUUGGUGAAGCAAUCAAAGAGCUUGCAAAACAAGAUGACGGCUAAAGAAACAGCUACUUGGUCUAAAGUGGUUAAUCAAGAAGAAGUCCUUGUCGAGAUGACCCAAAAAUCUCUCAGGAUCAUUUCGAUAUCAAAAGAGGAAGAAGAUGAUGAAUAUCUUGCUUUGAGGAGAAAAGAGAAAAGGAAGGGUACUGUGUUUGAGAGCGACAUAGACAUUGAUGAUAUGUUAUAUCAAAACUUAAAUUGCGUGCAAAGUGAGUUAGGAGUUGGAUUUUAUCGCACUAUGAAUGAACAACAAAGUGUCAGGGGAGAGGACGAGUCACUUAAUAUGUUCAUGAGCAAUUUUACUAGCUUGAUUGGAAGACAACCUAGACCACACGAAGAAAUAAUGGUUGGUGAUGAUCAUCAUGGCGAACAUGAUUGGGUGAACAUGGAGAUAAAAAGAACCUUCGAGAACUACCAUAUUGCACAAAAUGCUAAUGGAGGAUCAGUUGAGGAGAAUUUCCAAGGCUUUUGGGGAGACAAUAAUAAUGUCCUUCAUUAUGGAAACAUCAUGAACUUGAAUGAUACACCAAAAGAAAAUGAACAGCAUCAAUCUCCCCUCUCUGUUUGGGAUUUGGCAUAUGAGGAUACAUCGGAAUAAAUCUAGCUUUAGCUAAAAUAAAUAAUUCGCGUGUGUGUGUGUUUUCCCUAGAUUACUCGCAUUUCAUGUUUUAGACACGGUUUAUCAUAUAAAUAAACUACGUACUAUAGCGUCAUUAUCUUUUCUUAUUUGCUCUUUUUUUUUUCAAUUUCCCCCUUUGAUGUUAUCAUGCUUUACAAC